UUGCCCUCCCCUCUUCUUUCUCCCUCUCAGAACCUUCCUGCAGCUGCGUUCGGACCUCGCUGCUCUAGGCUCCGGGACACGUCCCAUCCUUCCAGCCUGCGACUAGCAGUAUAGAAAAAAAAUUCCAUAUCAUUUUCUUGCCCCCUACACAUCUUGAGGCGAGCAAAAAAUUUAAAAUAAAUUUUAACAAUGAGGGAAAUCGUGCACAUCCAGGCCGGUCAGUGUGGCAACCAGAUCGGUGCCAAGUUCUGGGAGGUAAUCAGUGAUGAACAUGGCAUUGACCCCACCGGUACCUACCACGGUGACAGCGACCUGCAGCUGGACCGCAUCUCCGUGUACUAUAAUGAAGCUACAGGUGGCAAAUAUGUUCCUCGUGCUAUCUUGGUGGAUCUAGAACCAGGGACCAUGGACUCUGUUCGCUCAGGUCCUUUUGGGCAGAUAUUCAGACCAGACAACUUUGUUUUUGGUCAGUCUGGGGCAGGCAACAACUGGGCCAAGGGCCACUACACAGAGGGGGCUGAGCUGGUUGACUCAGUCUUGGAUGUGGUACGGAAGGAGGCCGAGAGCUGUGACUGCCUGCAGGGCUUCCAGCUGACCCACUCACUGGGUGGGGGCACAGGCUCUGGAAUGGGCACCUUGCUCAUCAGCAAGAUCCGAGAAGAAUAUCCUGACCGCAUCAUGAACACCUUCAGUGUGGUACCUUCACCCAAAGUGUCUGACACUGUGGUUGAGCCCUACAAUGCCACCCUCUCCGUCCAUCAAUUGGUAGAGAACACAGAUGAGACCUACUGCAUUGACAACGAGGCCCUUUAUGACAUCUGCUUCCGCACUCUCAAGCUGACCACUCCAACCUACGGGGACCUGAACCACCUUGUUUCAGCCACCAUGAGCGGUGUCACCACCUGCCUUCGCUUCCCUGGUCAGCUCAAUGCAGACCUCCGCAAGCUGGCAGUUAACAUGGUGCCCUUCCCACGUCUCCACUUCUUUAUGCCUGGCUUUGCACCUCUGACCAGCCGUGGAAGCCAGCAGUAUCGGGCCCUUACUGUGCCUGAACUCACCCAGCAGGUCUUCGAUGCCAAGAACAUGAUGGCUGCCUGUGACCCCCGCCAUGGCCGUUACCUCACUGUAGCUGCUGUCUUCCGUGGGCGGAUGUCCAUGAAGGAGGUAGAUGAGCAGAUGCUCAAUGUGCAAAACAAGAAUAGCAGCUACUUCGUGGAAUGGAUCCCCAACAAUGUCAAGACGGCUGUCUGUGACAUCCCACCCCGUGGCCUCAAGAUGGCAGUCACCUUCAUCGGCAACAGCACGGCCAUCCAGGAGCUCUUCAAGCGCAUCUCAGAGCAAUUCACGGCCAUGUUCCGGCGCAAGGCCUUCCUCCACUGGUACACAGGUGAGGGCAUGGACGAGAUGGAGUUCACUGAAGCUGAGAGCAACAUGAACGACCUUGUCUCCGAGUACCAGCAGUACCAGGAUGCCACCGCAGAAGAAGAAGAGGAUUUUGGCGAAGAGGCUGAAGAGGAGGCCUAAGAGCAUCAUCACCGUAGCCUUCUCUGUUCCCUCAGCCUUCUUCCUCAACUGCCCCUGUCCUCUCCCUCAGAAUUUGCAUUUUCUGCCUCUAUCUUGUUUUUUGUUUUUCCUUUUUUGGAGGGGGGUUCCAAGAACAGUGCCUGGCACAUAAUAGGCGCUCAAUAAAUAUUUGUUGUUUGUUGAA